CUGGGCUGCUCACUGGCCUGCAGAGCACCGUUUUGAAGGUCCUAGCCCACCUGAGUUGGCUCACGCGCACGACUAGCCGCUUCCAUACAGUACACCCGGCCUCUGUCGUCUCUUAAGGCCACUCCUACGGCUGACCCCUGGAGGUCACGUGGAGCUGUUCGCCACGCAAGUCUGGGUCCUUCAGCGAUUGACCGGGGUCCUUGCUAUCCAGGAGCCUCUCCCAAGCUGCCUGUUCGCGCGAGAGUUUGGAGGGGCGGGUUUGGGGUCGGUGUCUGAUUGGGGCUCGCACCGCAGCACGCUCGAGCCCCGCUUAGGUACCAGUUAGCGCCACGGGAGCUGGGUCAGGCGGUCGCCGGGACACCCCGUGUGUGGCAAGCGGCGAAGCGCUCUGGAGGAUUCCGGACAGCCCUGCUCCCCGCAGCCAGGUGUAGUUUCGGGAGCCACUGGGGCCAAAGUGAGAGUCCAGCGGUCUUCCAGCGCUUGGGCCACGGCAGCGGCCCUGGGAGCAGAGGUGGAGCGACCCCAUUACGCUAAAGAUGAAAGGCUGGGGUUGGCUGGCCCUGCUUCUGGGGGCCCUGCUGGGAACCGCCUGGGCUCGGAGGAGCCAGGAUCUCCACUGUGGAGCGUGCAGGGCUCUGGUGGAUGAACUAGAAUGGGAAAUUGCCCAGGUGGACCCCAAGAAGACUAUUCAGAUGGGAUCUUUCCGGAUCAAUCCAGAUGGCAGCCAGUCAGUGGUGGAGGUGCCUUAUGCCCGCUCAGAGGCCCACCUCACAGAGCUGCUGGAGGAGAUAUGUGACCGGAUGAAGGAGUAUGGGGAACAGAUUGAUCCUUCCACCCAUCGCAAGAACUAUGUACGUGUAGUGGGCCGGAAUGGAGAAUCCAAUGAACUGGACCUACAAGGCAUCCGAAUUGACUCAGAUAUCAGUGGCACCCUCAAGUUUGCGUGUGAGAGCAUUGUGGAGGAAUACGAGGAUGAACUCAUUGAAUUCUUUUCCCGAGAGGCUGACAAUGUUAAAGACAAACUUUGCAGUAAGCGAACAGAUCUUUGUGACCAUGCCCUGCACAUAUCGCAUGAUGAGCUAUGAACCACUGGAGCAGCCCACACUGGCUUGAUGGAUCACCCCCAGAAGGGGAAAAUGGUGGCAAUGCCUUUUAUAUAUUAUGUUUUUACUGAAAUGAACUGAAAAAAUAUGAAACCAAAAGUACAAA